CCGCCGGCGUCGUCUCCUCCUCCAUCACCGUCGCUGCUGCUUUGAUUCGCAGCAGUGAGUCCUCCUAAAUUUCGGGUGCACGAAAAUGGACAACUUGGAAGACUUGAAGAUUGUGGCAGAGCAGUGGUGGAAACAAGGAAUUGAAUUUGUUCAACAAAUACCACCACCUCAGCUUUAUACUGCUAUUGGUGUUCUCUUAUUAGCUACCAUUUGGCUCUUAUCUAUUCGUUUGUUUAGGCGUACAAAGUCCAAUACUGUACUCCUCUGUGGGCUAAGUGGAAGUGGCAAAACAACGCUCUUCUUUCAACUACGAGAUGGAUCUUCUCAUCAGGGCGCUGUAACUUCAAUGGAACCAAACGAAGGCAGCUUUGUGCUUCACAAUGAAAACAACACUAAGAAAGGAAAAGUAAAGCCUGUUCAUCUUGUUGAUGUUCCUGGACACUCUCGGCUUAGAUCUAAGCUAGAAGAAUACUUGCCUCGAGCAGCCGCUGUUGUGUUUGUAGUAGAUGCAUUGGAGUUCCUCCCAAAUAUUCGUGCAGCUUCAGAGUACCUUUACGACAUUCUGACAAAUGCUAGCGUUGUUAAGAAUAAGAUCCCGGUUCUGCUUUGCUGUAACAAGACAGAUAAAGUAACUGCACACACCAAAGAGUUCAUCCGCAAGCAGAUGGAGAAAGAAAUAGAGAAACUUAGGGUUUCGAGGAGCGCAAUAUCAACAGCUGAUAUAGCGAAUGACUUCACUCUCGGGAUUGAAGGAGAAGUGUUUUCCUUUUCGCAUUGCCAGAACAAAGUCACGGUCGCUGAGGCGUCUGGACUAACAGGAGAAACAGAUCAGGUACAAGCGUUCAUCAGAGAACACGUUAAGCCAUGAGGAAUGUGUAAGCAUAUCAGAGAAUGAACUUAAAUGUCUUUUCAUUUUUUGUACAUGAAAUCAUAAUUUGAGAAUCUAGAUGAUAUUUGUUGGAAGGAUUUCUGGAUGUCGAAAACUUGUUUAGUGCAUCGACUGAAUCUAUUAGCGUUUUGUCCAAGCAACCUCACUAUAUAUAAAUUGUUAACAAAGACAGUUUAUUAUA